ACAGACACAGAGAGGUAGAGAGAACCUUCUGGAGUCUUGUCGAUCCAUCCUAGUUUUUUAUAAGUCCUAGAAUAGAACAAACUCCGUCAGACCAAGACAAGACGAGACCGUUCCAAGAGCUCUGCAGAAAACUCCCUUCCUCAUCCAAAUUCCAGCCGCUGGCGGAGCACCUAAGCCCAUCUCUUCUGUAUAUCUAUAUAUACAUAUAUAAUAUAUAUACACAAACCGUAACACAUCUCCCAGCCAGCACUCGUUUCCAAGAAUCCAAUUCCAUCAAGAUAAUUAGUGAAGUGGACAGACAGUGAUAGAAUUGAGAUCAUAAGGGGAUAUGGCGGAAGGCAUGUUUGGGAGCCCAUUCAGGCGGCUGUUAUGGAGCCCCCCGUUGGUGUUCCGGGACUGGUCUGGAGGAUCAGCAACAGCUCUUAUGGAUUGGCUCGAAUCCCCCAAUACCCACAUUUUCAAGGUCAACGUCCCAGGCCUUAGCAGAGAGCAAAUAAAGGUGCAGGUUGAAGGUGGGAACAUACUGCACAUUCGAGGAGAAGGCAGCAGCAGCAAGGAAGAAUAUGGGGAAGCAGCCAAGGACACCAUUUGGCACGUAGCCGAGAGAGGAUCUCCAGGAACAGGAACAGGAACAGGAAGGGGAGACUUCUCUCGGGCGGUUGAGUUGCCGGACAACGUGAAGGUGGACCAGAUCAAGGCCCAGGUGGAGAAUGGGGUCCUGACCAUUGUUGUCCCCAAGGAUGCUUCCCCCAAGCCUUCUAGGGUGCGCAGCAUCAACGUCACUAGCAAGCUCUAGUCUAGGCUCUUCAUAUCAUAUCAUAUGAGUCUCUUUUGAUCAGUUCCAGUUCCAGUUCAGUUCAGAUGGUGUUUGAUGUAGUUGGCUCUUGAUGGGUGGAGUGUGGUGUGGUGUGGUGUGGUGUCGUGUCGUGUCUUCUGGGACCAGCAUAUCAUCAUAUGUUUGCAAAUAACCAUACUAAUAAUGUGCCUAUUGUUGCAUAGUCUCUGUGUGAGUGUUGUAUUUACUCUGAACAUUUGCUUGAUUAAUGAAGAACGAUGUUUAUCCAAAAAAUAAUGUACCUAUAAUAUAAAGACUAUAUAUGUAUUGGUAUUAUGGAGUAAUCAAUAAGAAUCCUUCCUUCA